GGGGCAGGGGCUGAAAAGUAAUUUCGAUUAGGUUAUAAAAGCUAUUGAGAGCUAUCAGCCAGCGAGCGACCAAGAACUCGGCUUCGAAAAGGGGGAUUUCUUCCACGUUAUCGGCAACGAGAACGACCCAGACUGGUGGGAAGCCUGCAAUCCGGCCACGCACGCCCGCGGUUUCGUCCCUGUGCCUUACUUCCAGGUGAUGGGAAAGAACGAACGCGACAGUCAGGACUCUUCUCUCGCGAACUUUGAUCGACACCAUCAGACCGACAAGGACUCGGGCUAUUCGGACCGCAGCAUAAUGCAAGAUCGCAUGUCGACGCGAGCGGCAUCGGGAAGUGGGAUGGGAGCGAUGGCAGGGGGGGGGGGCGGAGGGGGCGGGGGCGGCGGACGCGCGGCGGGGAAUCCGCUGUACGGAGUCGUGUUGUACGAUUUCAACGCGGAGCGACCCGACGAACUCGAGGCGAAGACGGGAGAGGACAUCAUCGUGAUCGCGCAGUCCAACGACGAGUGGUUCGUGGCGAAGCCGAUAGGCCGACUCGGGGGUCCCGGGCUGAUCCCGGUGGAUUUCGUCGAAAUCCGCGACAUGGCUACGGGUGCGCCGGUCGAGGAUAAGCGCGCGGCGAUCGCACGUGCGGGCGUGCCGAAGGUCGAGGAGUGGAAGAAGAUGGCGGCCGAGUACAAGAAUAGCAGCAUCGCGUUGGGGCAGUUUGAGUUUGAGGACGGCACACCGAAGCCGCAAGCUCCAGCCGCGAACGAGCAAGGGAACUAUCGGAACACACUACAACCCGCACAGACCAACGGAGGUGGAGGGGCAGCGGCAGCGGGGACAGGCUACGAGGGCCAACGGCUAUCGAGGGGGUCCACGCAGGGGCUUCUGAUGGCACCGAUGAGUGCAUCCGUCGAUGACUACAACUUCGAAAGCAGCCGGUACUGGUAUGUGGUGAACGCCGUGAUGGAAGAUGGACGGACGUGGAGUCUGUGCCGGUUCUACGAGGAUUUCUACGACUUCCAGAUCGCGCUGCUGGACGAGUUCAAGGAAGAGGCAGGCCACACAGGAUUACCUCGUAAGCUGCCUUACAUGCCCGGUCCGGUAACAUACGUUACGGAUACCAUCUCGGCGGCCCGACGACAGAGCUUGGACGAGUACAUCAAGAAGCUUCUCAGCAUGCCAUCAUACAUAUCCAAGUGCCGGUUGGUGAAGCUGUUGUUUGCACCGCGGCCCGGCGAUGUAGAAACCACCCACUACCGGGGAUCUCAGCAACUGGCGGCGCACGAUAACCGACGAUCGACCGCAUCGCAGCAAUCGAGUGACUCUUCGCGGGAACCGUCGCGGCAAUCGUCGAUCCAGAACCUGAACGGCGGCGGAGGAAACGGCUACCCGGGACUCUCGGCACCCCCACCACGGAUGUCGGGACAGAUGAGAAACAACGGCAUCGCGCAAGCACAGCAGGUGCACAUCCGAUCUGCGUCAGACCUGCAGCCGCCUAGAAUGCUGCGGCAGGAGUCCAGCAUGAGUUCCACGGGGUCCGGCCAGUUCCUCAAGAUUAAGAUAGAAUACCAUGACGAGAUGAUCGCCGUCCGGUUGCCUAGAGACGUGAGCUUCGCGCAGCUCCAGGACAAGCUGCAGGAGCGCCUCGGCCAGGUCGACCUGAACAACAUACAGUACAAGGACGAGGCGUCCGGACAGGUCAUGGACAUGUACGGCGACAUCGACCUCAAUACCGCCAUCAGCCGCAACCCGAAAUUGAAGCUGUUUGUCAACUAGGUGUGGACGAUGCCGCCAGAGAUCUGGCUGGCUGCCUGUCUGUUCUUUCUGUCUGUACGGAGUUGGUGGUGUCGGUCUGUCUGUCUGUCUGUCGGUUAGGGGUUCUUUGUUGUGUUGCGGUGCCGGGUGGACGGUGGUGGGGGUUUUGACUUGACGCGACGCCCGAGCCGGGCCGAGCCACUGGAUGUAUUUGACGAACGAGAUACGAUGAUG